AUGACGACAGAUGAAACUACGGAAAAACUGUUCGAACGGCCCACAACACUUGAAGAGCAACCCCGACUGGAAAAUAGUACUCCUGAUGUAGUCGCAACAACACCGGAAAAGCAACUUUUGGAGGGAGUUACGACGACUGAAGUGACCGAUAAGAAAACAACACCCGGAGAGCAGGUUCUAGAGGAAACUACGACGCCUAUAGUGACCGAUGCACCAACAACGUCCGAAGAACAACUUCUAAAAGAAACUACAGUGCCUGGGGAAGUUACUGUGGAGAAUGUGACGUCAUCCAUCGAAAGCGAGAAGACCACAACUGUAGUGGUAAGUAAGUUGAACACAACUGUAGCGGCAACUACCACCACCACUCCAAAGACGUGUACUGAUCUUAUAAACCCGAAAACAGGACGUUCCGACUGCCGCCGUAGGAAAAACCUGUGCACAAGGACUGGAUUCACGGAUUUCAUGAAAAACUCAUGUCCAGUAACUUGUGGCUAUUGUAAGAUGUGUUUCGACGAGUUUGCUCGGAAUGGGCGUGGUUUCUGCACUCAGGCAAAUAUUCAGCGAAUGUGUGAACAUCGUAAUCUGAGGAUUCGGGCCGCUACAAGGAACAGAUGUCCUGUUGCAUGUGGUGUCUGUGUUGCGGGAACGGUACUGCAACUGAAGUGA